AUGAGCGACUCGGAAGAGGACGUGCUAGACUACGACGAGGAGGCGCCCGAGGUGGAGCUGGGCUUCGUAUGCGAUGAUCCUGUCACCGUUGACGCCAAACCUCUGCAUUGCGAGCCAGACUGGACCAAGUGGGACGGCGGACAGAUCGGCGGACGUCCGAGUUGGCUGGUUCCGUCCACUUCGGGCAUCCCGUCCACCGAGCAGCUGCAAUGCGUAAAAUGUCACUCUCCAUUGUCCUUCUUGCUGCAAAUUUAUUGUCCACUGGACGAGCUGGAGGACGCUUUUCACCGCAGCCUGUACGUCUUCGUGUGUCGCUCUCCAGGCUGCAGUCGCCAAGGAGACGGAAAAGCUUUUCGCUUGCAACUGCCCAGGAACAAUGCGUUCUACGCUGCCGAAGGAGGAGCAAUGCAACCGAAGUCCACAGAGACCAACGUGGACCUCUGUGCUCUGUGCGGACAGCGCGCGACGUUCACAUGCAGCGCGUGCCACGUGGCCCAGUACUGUAGUAAAGCACAUCAAAAGGACCAUUGGACUGCAGGAGGACACAAGCAGACGUGUGCACAAAGUUUGGAGACGCACUUGCUGGUGGAGUCGGAGGAGACAAGGGGGCAGAUGAUCACCAAGGGAUCCAAGUGGGUUUUCCCCGAACAUGACCUAGAGAUCGACCAUGAACCAGACAGUAGAGAAGCAGCGAACGAGUACGAGGCCAAGCUGAUGGCCGAGUUCGAGAAGAGUGCGAAGGAGGAAGAUGAAGACGAUAUGGACAUGGAUGUGACACAACGCGAACUGAACGACGCACUCGGCCACACAAAGGACCAAGACCCGCAGUACGUGCGCUUCCUAACACGCGUGGCUCUUGCCAAGGACCAAGUACUGCGCUACUCUCGCUGGGAGGAAGGAGCUGUACUGUGGGUACACUCGGAAGGAAUGCACUCUGGCGAUGUCCCACCAUGCGAGCGCUGUGGUGGCGAGCGCAAGUUCGAGUUCCAAGUGCUGCCUCAGCUGCUAAACUACCUUGGAGUGGACCACCAGAGCUCACUAGGAGACAUCUCUUCACGCAGCUGUGAAUGGGGCACUCUUGCGGUCUACACGUGCGCCAAGAGCUGCCCACUCGAGACCCAGUGCGCCCAGGAGUUCCUACACUACCAACCGGCAUACGCCGGCACCACUUAG